AUGUGGAACCAAACAUCAGUGACAGAAUUCCUUUUCCUUGGUCUCUCAAGGAACUUCAAGAUCCGUCUCAUUCUUUUUGGGCUAUUCUUUAUGUUCUAUACCAUCACGCUGGCAGGCAACGUGAUCAUACUGGUGCUUAUCUGGCUGGACUCUCGACUCCACACCCCCAUGUAUUUCUUCUUGAGCCACCUCUCCUGUGUGGACAUCUGUUACACUUCCAGCACCGUUCCCCAGAUGCUGGCCAACCUUCUGAGUCCUAACAAGCCCAUCUCACUAGUUGGUUGUGCAGUACAGAUGUAUACGUUCCUAGCCUUGGCCACCACUGAAUGUAUUCUCCUUGCAGUGAUGGCAUACGAUAGGUAUGCUGCCAUAUGCCACCCCCUGCAUUAUACAUUUCUUAUGAACAAGAAGGUGUGCAUCAAACUGGCUGCGGCAACCUGGACCAGUGGUCUUUUAUUGCCAGUGGCACAUGCGGUCCUCACUUGGCGGUUGCCAUUCUGUGCCUCCAAUUUGAUUGAUCACUUCUGCGAAAUGCCUGCACUGUUGAAGCUGGCAUGUGCCAACACUGACAUUGUUGAAAAGCUCACUUCAUUUGGAUGCAUUGUCACCUUGGUCACACCCAUCUCCUUUAUCACGAUCAGUUACGCCCGCAUACUGACAGCCAUCUUAAAAAUCCAAUCUACACAAGGUCGGUGCAAAGCUUUCUCGACGUGUGCCUCUCAUGCAUCUGUGGUGGUGCUUUUCUAUGGCAGUGCCAUAUUUAUGUACAUGAGACCUGAGUCUAGCCACAGCCCUGGUCAGGACAAAACGAUCUCUCUCUUCUAUAGCAUAGUAAUUCCCUUGUUCAAUCCCAUAAUAUACAGCCUGAAGAACAAGGAUGUCAAAGGGGCCUUGUUUAAGGUGCUGCACAAAUGCAGGUCAUGUUGA